CCUUAGAAAGUCCAUUAAUGGCGACCAUGAGGAACACACUUACAGCCAGUUUAUUCCUAGCAUUCAUCUCCUUCUGCGCUACCCUUUCCCCCACCCCUGCUGACAUCAACUUGUGGUGCACAAAAACCCCAUACCCCGAAGCCUGCAAAUCUUCCAUGAGCACGAGUCAGGACCUUCACUCUAACACCCCUAAAGGCAAACCUGAUUUCAUGAAAACAAUUAUACAUGCCGCCAUGGAGCAAACCCUUCUUGCCAGAACCCAAAUCGCUUUGCUCGGAUCAAAAUGUCGGAACGAGAUGGAGAAGGCUGCAUGGGCUGAUUGUUUGGAGCUUUACGAGGACUCCGUACUCCUACUCAACUACACCAUUGAUCCUUACAACCACUGCACCGAUUUCGAUAAGCAAACUUGGUUGAGCACAGCUCUCACUAACCUCGACACUUGCAGAGCUGGCUUCGUGGAGCUUAAUGUCUCCGAUUAUGUUCUGCCUCUCAUGUCCAACGACGCUUCCAAGUUGAUCUCCAACUCCUUGGCAGUCAACAAUGUCGGACAACCCCAGCAGGAGCAGACUUCUCAAAAUGGGUUUCCAACUUGGGUUUCCCCCGGUCACCGCAAGCUUUUGCAGGUAAAGUCUAAGACCAUAGAGGCUAACCUUACUGUGGCACAAGAUGGGUCAGGGAAUUAUCGUACCAUCCAAGCUGCACUUGAUGCUGCAUCGAAAAUAAAAAGAGGAAGUACGAGGUUUGUGAUUUAUGUGAAGAAGGGUGUUUACGAAGAGAACCUUGAUAUUGGAAAAAGCUUGAAGCACAUUAUGCUCAUUGGAGAUACUCUACGAGAAACAAUUAUCACGGGCAAUAGAAGCGUCGGAGGUGGUUCUACCACUUUCAGAUCUGCAACAGUUGCUGUGAUGGGUGAUGGAUUCAUCGCGCAAGGAAUCACAUUCCGGAACACGGCAGGACCCCAGAAUGGUCAAGCAGUUGCACUCCGAUCAGGUGCCGAUAAAUCUGUAUUCUAUCGUUGUGCUUUCGAGGGAUAUCAAGACACUCUCUAUGCUCACUCACAACGCCAAUUCUUCAAAGAAUGUUUUAUUUAUGGUACAGUGGAUUUCAUCUUUGGUAACGCAGCUGUAGUGUUCCAAAACUGUAUGAUCUACGCCAGAAAGCCCAUGAACGGUCAAUCCAAUACAAUUACGGCCCAGGGAAGAACCGACCCGAACCAGAACACUGGGAUCUCAAUCCAUGAUUCUAGAGUCAUGGCUGCUGCGGACUUGGUGCAGGUCCAGAACUCGGUUUUAACAUAUUUGGGCCGACCAUGGAAGGAGUACUCUAGAACCGUUUACCUCCAAACAUAUAUGGAUUCAUUGAUAGAUUCUGCUGGUUGGUUGGAAUGGAAUAAUACUUUUGCGUUGAAUACGUUGUAUUAUGGAGAGUAUAAGAACAUGGGACCUGGAUCAUCUACGGCUGGGAGAGUUAAGUGGAGUGGUUAUCAUGUUAUAACAAAUGCAUCUGUAGCAACAAAGUUCACCGUAGGGCAAUUUAUUAACGGCGAUUCAUGGUUACCCGGUACCGCCGUGCGAUACACUUCGGGGCUUUGAU